AUGCCGCAGCAGCCCGAAGCACAAUAUCUCUAUGAGCUGACUGCAGUCCCUGCCGGAUGGUCCCUGGCGACGGUCAUCGACGCCUUCCUCAACUUGGCUCGAUAUGAGCCAGGUUAUGCUCGUUUAGAGCGAGCUCUUGAGGCGCUGAGCCAUCGGCUGGAGGAGUUGUGGGCCUCGCAGCCGACGGAGGCCGAGGCCUGGCUCCAGCGGUGCCGGGAGAGCUUCGCGACGGAGCUCGCAGACAAGGAGCCGAGGCCGGAGGAGCUCAAAGAGGCGCUGCUCCGGCACGGGGCGGCCGAGUAUGGCAAGUGCGGCUUUUACGGCUGGAGCUUUGAGGCCGGGCUCCUGCGAGGAGCGCCGAGCGGCUCAGCAGCGGCCCGGGAGGCUGGGUACCUCCACUUGCCCCAAAUCCGCGACCGCUGCCGGGAGCUCGCGGAGCGGCUCGCGGAGGCCGAGAGCCCGGAGACGGCGCGGAAGCGGCAGAAGCUCGAGGAGGAGACCUCCGAGCGCCGACGCCUGGAAGCGGAGCUCCAGAAGCCGCAGGAGGAGGAGUGUCGAGAUCUGCGCGAUCGCCUGGCCACGGCGGAAGCGGAGGUGUCCAGCAAGACUGUGGAGCUCCAAGCUGCGCAGAUCGAGAGCGCCAAGUGCAAGGAGCGGUGCGACGAGCUCGCAGCUCGCGCAACAGGUGCAGAGUCGGCGGCGGCGGAGAUGCGGCAGGAGCUCGGGCAGUUGCGGGAAGAGCACGGCAAGUGCCAGGAGCGGUGCCAGGAGCUUGCAAAUCGUUUGGAGGCAGAAGCUUCAGAGCAUGGCAAGACCAAGGAGCUUCUGGCGAAGGCCGAGUCCCAUGCCGCCGAGCAGCAGUCGGAGGUGCAGCGACUGCAGCAAGACGCGAGUCGCGGCUCCCAGGACGGUGUCCAGCUGGCGACGGGAAGCAGCAAGGCAGUCUUGCAGGACCGGUGUGAGCAGCUCCAGCAGCAGCUUGCCGAAGCACGUGGUCAGCUGGAGGUUCUGUGGGAAGAGAGGGGCAUGUACAAGGAGCGCCUUCGCCAUCUUGCCGAGACGAACACGCAAGCGUCCUAUCAUCAUCCCAGCCUCCAUCCUCGUGGCCCGGCUGCCCACGACGCGGCCUUCGGUGGUGAGGAGCCGGAUCUUGCCGAGCAACUGGGGUACAGCCUCGUGAACGAAGAUG